GGACUUUUGAAAUGCUUAUAUGUUUUCGUCUGGUAUCAUCAAGAAUUAGGUGUAGUUACUCUGGGAAAAGGUUGGUUUAACCCGUAUAAGUUGGUUAGUUAGGUUAAUAUGUAUAACUGAGUUUAAGUGCUCCUACUUUGCUCCUCCACAUAUCUUUGAGAAUAAUGUGUUAGUUGACAGUAUUUUAUACUACAUCUAGUAUUUUCAACUCGUAAAUCUGUCUGGAUUUAAGGAUCAUCGGUAAGAGCGUCAAAAUGUUAUCUCUGGCUAUAUUUGAUGAACACCACCUUUAGAAAUAAUUGCUAAGGGGAUAGUGAAUUAUUUUGUAGAUAAACGUACGUUGUCUCAUCAAAAAUAUGUUAUGGCUAAAUGUAUCUGUAAUGGAUAAUUACUAUCAAUAAAAGGGUUAAAUUUUGACUGAAAUUAAAAGGCAUUUGAGUUAGAAUAACUUGUUAUAAUAGCUUCCCCAGCUUCUCAAACACCCCUCUGAAAAUUAGGUGGUCAGAUUUUAUUUCUAUGCACAAAGCUAGCACAUAUUCACCAAAAAGCCUCAUUUUAACUUUCGUUUGUUUGAGUUUUAAUGGAUAAAGCGUCUCAUGGGCUCAUCUGACGAGCCCUAAGUGACUGUUGAUAACCAACCUUAAUUUUCAACAAGACUGUCUGAUAGCACCGAGGUUCAAUUGCAUAAACGUAGAUCUGAACACCAGUCUUACUUUGAUCGUCCUAGCUGAUGGAGCCUAUUAAAAGUUCAGCAAUCUUAAGCUCACGUCAAAUACAAUUUUGAAAAGAUACAUCAUAAAUUGAAUAAUAUACGUCAACUCAACUCGCCCAAUAAUUAUAUAUAUUUAUAAAUGUUUCGCUUUUCUCAAUUAAUAUUGCUAUUGCAUUGUGCAUUACAAAUCUGUGAACAACACCGAGUAUGGGAACAAGAACUUAAAAUGCCUUUUGUUAAUGUUGAACAACAGGAUACAUAUAUGUGCGCAUAUUUUCAACCAUCUUUGUUAAACGGAACCACUUUCAUCAGAGAAAUUCUUCCUAGUGCUAAUCGCUCUACUGUACAUCAUAUAAUUCUCAAAGGUUGUUCACAUCCAGUUACUAAAAUUGGUAAACCUACACAAUGUGGAAUGUGUCAAACAAUUAUGUAUGCAUGGGGCUUGGAUGCACCUCCUCUGCGCUUUCCAUUGGGCGUAGGGUAUCCUACAGGAUUAAAUGCGCUAAUUAAAGGAUUUGAACUAGAAGUUCAUUAUCUAAAUCCAGUUAAAUCCGAUCACUCUGGAUUAAGACUAAUUGUUACUGAUCAAAUUCAGCCAAGAAUAGCUGGUGUAUUUCUGUUAUUACGAGGUGAUGCGAUAAUACCACCUGGUGUAAAAAGUUUUCCCAUUGAUGUGUCAUGUCGUAUUUCAUUCACUAUCCCAAUCACUAUAAUGGCCAUUCGAGGUCAUGCGCAUUCAAUGGGGCGAUCUAUAAUUGGUUAUCGUUUACCUCAUGGACACGGACCGGCACAGCUAUUAGGACGAGUCAACCCUCAAUUACCUCAAGCAUUUUAUCCACUAAAACAGUUACAUUCAGAAUUUGAUGGUGUAGAAGUAGGAGAUGAUGAUAUUAUAAUGGCUCGCUGUGUGUACGACAGCAUGUCUAAAACACAAGAUGUGGGGAUGGGACCAACACACCAUGACGAAAUGUGUAACAUGUACAUCAUGUAUCACAGUAGUCCAUUGAACUCUUUUGGGGAACAAGAAGGUAUGUGUUCUUCAGAUAUCUAUGGGUCAAAAUGGAAGUUUAUACAUGAGUCUCCCGACGAAUCAGUUAAAAAGACUCUAUUAGAAACUAAACAUUUAAAUAGCAGCUUACAAAAAUCCUCGUCAAGAUUAUUGCUAGCUGCGGAUAAUUCCAUUGCCUCAGUUCAAACCACAUUAUCAUCAGAGAAUGUAAUUUUACGCGAUGUUACUUUACUGGGACAGGUAAGUAGUGUGGAAACAAGAGUAACUGAUAAUGGUCAACAUGAAUUAAUUGUUUUACACCGUGGAUCAAAUACUUGGACUUAUAAUUCAUUCAAUAAAGAAUUUAUUUAUCAAAAUGGAGCGGAGUAUAUAAACACGGAAACUGUUCUUCAUGUGAAUCCAGUCACAGGCAAUGUCACUCAGAAAUGGGGACGUAAUAUGUUUAUUUUACCACAUAGCAUAACAUUAAGUUAUUUCAUGGAUAGCAAUGCAACCAAUGAUAACAAUUUACGUAAGGAGCAACAACGUAGACGAAAUAAAGGAGUACCUAAUUCCGUAUGGAUAACUGAUGUGGCACUGCAUCAAGUGUUCAAGUUUGACUGGAUGAAGUGGGAUAAACCCAGUCUAACUUUGGGUAUACCUGGUAAACCAGGUAAUAAUAAACAUCAGUUUUGUCAACCAUCAGAUGUUGCGAUAUCCAGUACGGGGGAUAUAUUUAUUUCGGAUGGUUACUGCAAUUCACGAAUUGUUAAAUUUUCAUCAGACGGGACUUAUAUAACAGAAUGGUCCGUUUUAGGUUUAUCUAAUCGAGAAUAUCAAUAUGAUACAAUACAUAUGCCUGUAUCACCGUCACAAGAAGAUUGGGCAGGCGAACUUUCAUACCCUGAUCCAAAUUACUCAUCAAGCGUGAAUAUCAGAGGGUUAGACUUUAAAGUAGUGCAUAGUUUAACUAUAAUUCCAAGUGAGGACGGUACUCUUGAACAAGUCUGUGCUGCAGAUAGGGAAAACGCAGCUGUAUUAUGUUACACAUUAAAUGGUAAACUGAUAAGACGUUAUGGGGAUUCCUCUCUACAACCUUCAGUCUAUGCGAUUCAAUAUGAUCCAGUUCAUAAAUUAAUCGUUGGGCUUACUGGUAGCACUUAUAUGUCUGUAGUCGAUCCAACAUCGAGUAAUGAUAAUGUAUUAUUACCACCAAAUUUAUUCUUUUUAAAUCCAUAUAAACCAAAGAGUUUGAACGAAUUGGGAAAUAAAUCGUACAAUCCAUAUUGGGCAGAUAUAUAUCAAGGUUCUGCAUUAACUGGGUUUUUUUCUCUUCAGAAUGUACGGUCACCCCAUGAUUUGACUUUGUCCCCAACAAAUGAUAUUAUUUAUGUAUCCGAAAUCUAUCCAUAUAAGGUUCAUCGAUUUGAAAUCCAAAAUGAUUCUGGUUUCACUGGUUUAGAACAAAGAAAUAAUCUUGUUGAACUUGUUGGUAUAGAGGGUCGUUACAUAUGGAAACUACAUACAUUAACACCAUAUCAAUUAUCUGGUCUUUCAUUUCUAUUAUUCAUUGUAUUUGUUCUCUUAUUACUCGGUUGUAUACGUUUGUGCUGGUGCAAACGCAAAUCAAGUGGUAACAUGAGAAGAAAUAAACGUGAAAGUAAUAAAGUUUUCGCAGUCUCACCAAAAAUAUCUGCUAAUGGUAUUUAUUCACGAUGGUCAUCUAAACAAAAUUCAAAGAAAAAUAAACAGGCUGGUUUUCGACCACUUAUAAGAAACAGUGAUGGUCCAGACUAUUUUGCUGAGCAAGAACUUGAGGAUUAUGUUGAUGAAGAUGAAGUAUCAGGUGAUAAUGAAGGUAAUCACAAUAGUGAUGAAGAUGUGCUCAUGGAUGCUUAUGCAGAUCGUCAAUUAUUAAAACAAAAUAAUAUAUUAAAUAGCAGACAAAAGUUUAUUCCAAAAGUUAAAGGUGCCAAUUCAAAGAUUUCACAUUCGAAUUCUCUUUCAUCUAGAUUACUUAGGCUUAAAACCGGUAUUAAUAAACCGGAUUCCGUUGCUUGAAUGUGAAACCAUUAAAAUAAUCUUUUUUCUAAUAUUGCUGAGAAACCUUCAGUCUUUUAAAUGUUUUAUGCUGUGGUAAAUUUUCGGAAGAAAACUGAUCGAAUAAUAUCGGUAUUCAGUUUCUCCUAAGUGGUUGUUGUGUUCGUCAAUGUUUCUGUAUCAUUAUGACUAAAUCAAAAUCAAUAUUCCACAUUAUACAUCAAGAAGAUUAUUUACAACUUUUAUAGGAAUUAUAACUACGUUUUACUUAAGUAGUCCAUUUAUUUCUUUGGAGUUAUGUCAUGUUAUGUCAUAUUUCUCAAGAAGCAAAUUAUUUUCUUUCUAGAACCCUGAAACGUUUGUGGAUAAGACAGGUGUCGUUUUCGCUUUUUUUACGAAUACAUUCCAGUCUAUUAUUGUAAGCAGUCAAUUCAUUUCUAAAUUCAUAUUACUUUUGAUUGUGAUAACUAUCAUUUGAGUUUUCGAAGUACGUGUUUUUUUUAAAAAUACUUUACUUAUUGUCUUUGUGAAUUGUAUUUCAUAGUUAUGUAUAACGUUCAUAUGUUUUUUUAUUGGAAAUAAGAGCAUUUUAUGUCUUGUCUUA